AUGUAUAUUGUGGUUAUCUACCGUGUCAAGGAACCACAGCCUGAAGAGAAGGAACCACAGCCUGAAGAGAAGGAACCACAGCCUGAAGAGAAGGAACCACAGCCUGAAGAGAAGGAACCACAGCCUGAAGAGAAGGAACCACAGCCUGAAGAGAAGGAACCACAGCCUGAAGAGAAGGAACCACAGCUGAAGAGAAGGAACCACAAGAAAGAACCACAGCCUGAAGAGAAGGAACCACAGCCUGAAGAGAAGGAACCACAGCCUGAAGAGAAGGAACCACAGCCUGAAGAGAAGGAACCACAGCCUGAAGAGAAGGAAACACAGCCUGAAGAGAAGGAACCACAGCCUGAAGAGAAGGAAACACAGCCUGAAGAGAAGGAACCACAGCCUGAAGAGAAGGAAACACAGCCUGAAGAGAAGGAACCACAGCCUGAAGAGAAGGAACCACAGAUUGCAGAGAAAGAAUCAUAG